AUGUCUCGGAUCAAGUCGCGGCGUUUCGGAGAUAUGUUUCCGGUGGGGGAUCUUCGAAAUGCUUCCACAUUACUACCGCGGAGUCCAUUUUCCCGUGUUCGGGAAAAUCCGAUGGCCGGGCACAAUGAUGCAACUUUUGAGUUUCCCAUUAAAUCGAUGAUGGCAGAAUCCAAAGAACCAUGCAUGGCAUUCGACAUUCAACACUCCCGCAACUGA